AGUGUGGUUGCUGUGAUACCUGCUAACAAGCCGACUAGUAUUCACAUGCAUGCUAAAUUCAACUCUGAAGAGCUUCAACGAAGAAAGAUAGCUUCAGUAUGUCUGAUACCGACGCAGAUCAUGAAGGUCAGAAGGCUAAGGGUGUUUUCUCCACAUUAGUGGCUGUUGGAGAUUCACUAUACCUGAAAGGAGUGAAUAAUAAAGCCAUAGACAGCUACACAGCGGUGAGUUGGUUAGGCCUGCAUGAUCCAGGGUUACUAUUGCAUCUUUAAAAGCACGCAGAAAUAAAUGCUCUCGGCUCUUUUUUAGGCUCUGUCUAUAAAACCUGAUGAUAAGACAUGCCUUGUUGGCCGAUCCAAAUGUUACCUGAAGAUGGGACAGUUUGAAAACGCGCUGGCAGACGCAGAGGCAUCACUGCAAGAAGAUAAGACUUUUUUCAAGGUUGGUUGGUCACACCUACUAUUGAGAGUCACAACAAAUAUAUUCAUUUUUUAAACAGCUCUGGAUCACCUCAUGUUAAUAUCUAAAAACGGACGAAAAUAAAAUGGGGUGACCAAACGUUUUCCCAGAAUAUGUCCUGUUUUUACGUCCUGUAGGGCAGAGUGGGGUAAGUUAAGCCACGCCCUGUAAAAAGAAAUUGAUCAUAUGACCAAAUAUUUAGGAGAUGGGCAUCGAUUCAUGGGGUCUGUGAAGGUUAGAAGCACAUGGGUGAAGGGGUUAGACAUUUAUUUAAAAAUUUUUUUUUUUUUUUCACUGUUGAAAGUUAAUUUUGUCAGUCAUAAGUUUUAUGAGAAUUGUGUUCAGACCAAAAAAAGAUCAUUUUCAAUUUGUUUUAUACAUCAAUUGUGGUAUCUAUGAGCUACAACAUGAGGUCAAAAACCUUGCAUAAAAGUCCACCAUUUUAGCUCCGAGGACUAAUAAAGUCAUAAUAGUAGUUCAGGGGUCAGUUGAGCCAGUGGAUCAACUGAGAAAGUAAAGAAGUCUGAUGAGAGGAUCAGAGUUUCAGUUCAGAUUGUUGGAAUGUGUUACUUUUUCUUUUCAAAAAUACAGCUGUGAAUGUCCUGAAUCACUUAAAGGCAUUCUCAUGUUAAAACGUUUUUUUUUUUUUUUUUUACAAAACAGCUUUUAGCAGUUAUAUGCAAUAAUAAUAAAAAGAAUUAUUGUACCAGUUAAAUAGUGUAUAAUAGAUAAAAAUACACAUGAAUGUGAAGAAGUGACUGUUAUUUAGGGAGAGAGAAGGUGAGGGUUGGGGGGGCCUGGGGUGGAGAGUGUGCAGGGAUGCACAACAUCUUGAAAUAUACACAGAUACACUAGUUAGAGACAAAACUAUGUUUGCCUUGAUGUAGUGAUCCGAAAUAUGAAAAAUGGUUCAUCUUAACCCACUCUCCCCUACUGAUUUUAUUGUGAUCUUUCAGGGGCUGUACCAGAAGGCAGAGGCUUUGUACUACAUGGGGGAGUUUGAGUUUGCACUGGUGUUUUACCACAGAGGACAAAAGUUACGUCCCCUAAUGCAAGAGUUCAGACUGGGUAUUCAGAAAGCUGAAGCAGCCAUAGAAAACUCUGUUGGCAGUAAGCUCCUCAAACUUAUUCAUUAUUUACACUCCACUGGAGUCUCAGCAUAAGAAAAACCACCUCACACCUGAACUCACAUUUGUUUUUUGCUCUCUGGUAUCCUUCAGACCCUUUAUCUGUUAAGCUGGAGUUAAAAGGAGACCUGACAUUUUUCCAGAAAGAUGAAGAGGUGAGUUUAUGUAAAUUUCAGACUUAAACAGUAUUUCAUAAUAGUCCCAAGUCUGACUCUGAUAGUCCCAAACAGGUCUGAGAAGUUGUUUUGAUUUCAAGUUUAACCUGUUUCAACCCUUCUGGUGUACAUUAAUGUGUUUCUGGUCGACUGACCUGCAAAGAGGGAACAGCCUAUCACUGCUAUUCAGCAUCUGACAAAGAAGAAAAAACAGAAAACCCAGAAAAUCCCCAAGAGUGAGAAGACUACCAAACAACUGCUGGGAGAGUUUUACAGUGACAAGAAAUUUCUAGAGAACCUGCUGGAUAACAAAGGUGGUAUUUAAUUUCACUCAUGUUAAAUUUCCCUGUUUUGUUUCACUUCUUCUUUUAUUGCCCACACAAAAGUUGUUUUAUGUUUCUGUUUUCUGUUCAAUAUGUGUCUGUAAUUUCAUCAACAGUAAUGUUUGUUUCCAUCUUAUUGACUCAUAUCCUCGUGAUGAUCCACAGACUUGGCAAAGGGUAAGACAAAGGGUGGAGAAAGAGUGCAGGAUGUCAUUCAAAGCUGCCUCUCUUCUCUUGACACCUGCACCAAGUUCUUAAGUAAGGAGAAACCAAUCUGUGCACUCGAGAGGAAGCAAAGGCAAAAAGGUUGUAGGCCCCAUCAUAGCCCCCCAUCUGAUCCUGUUCAGUUCCUGUUCAAGAACUUGGAUGAGAUCGAUGCAGGUAAGACAAGCUCCUGGUUGAACUCAUUUCUUUUUUCAGCCUAGGAGGUGCUCACUGAUUUUUUUUUUGUCCUAGAGCUGACUUGUGGAAAUACAGAAGAUGGUCUCAGAAAAGCAGAAGAACUGAUGAAGAUUGUGCAGGCAUGGUCAGAGAAAGAUGUGCCUGAUAAGAAAGAGGUUUUAGGAAACCUGCACAGUUGUAUUGGAAAUGUCCUCACAGACCUGGGAGAUAUAGACUUAGCAUUAGAGCAUCAUCAAAAAGACUUGGAGCUGGCUACACAGUGGUGAGGAUUUAAAGGGUUGGGGGAAUAUUUUAAAGUAGGAGUUGAAAAUGAAACAUGACGUAAUCUUUUUUUUUUUUAACAGCAAACUCCCAGAGGCAAUGUCGAGGGCUCUGGACAACAUUGGAGGACUUUAUGCCCAGGCUGAACAGUACACACAGGCCAUUGAGUUGUAAGUAAAUUGCUUCCGUUAGUAAUCAUAUGAAGCAUUGGCUUGUAUGGGACAGGCUCAUUUCUUUUCUGUCCUUGUUUGUUUUCUCUUCAGCUGGGAAAAAAAGGUCCCUCUGGUCUCAGAUGGUUUGGAGAAGACCUGGUUGUUCCAUGAGAUUGGUUGGUGUUACCUGGAACUCAGUCGCUAUGAGGAGGCCAGAGACUACGGUGGUCGUUCACUAGAUGCAGCCAGUGAAAUUGCUGAUGGGAAAUGGCAGAUGAAUGCUAGUGUUUUGGUGGCACAAUCAGAAUGUAAUUAUGACUGUACUUUACUUGAUAUUAUGAGAACUUGGCCUGCUUAGUUUACUUGUGUGCUUCAGUCAUAGUUCAUACUAAAUCAAAGGUAUUAAUGUUACUUGUUUUCUGUUCCAUCCUAGUGAAACUGGGGAACUUUGAAUCCUGCGUCUCAUACUUCGAAGAGGCAUUGACUCAGGCCAAAGUGCUUGAUGACCACUCUGCUAUGAGCGCCAUCCAGAAGGUCCCCUUGUACUUUUUUUUCCCAACAAUAUCCAUAUUCAUUUCCAGACAUAAUAACACAUACACAUAACCACUUGGACUUCAAACAUCUGCCUCAAACAGUGAAGAGCACCCAUGUCUUCAAUUCACAACCAAGACCUAACAUUAAAAAAACAAUACAAAUGAUAAAUAUAAACCACUAACUAAAGAAAGGAACUUAAAUACACAAUCAAAUAAUAAUACAAAUACUACAUAAGUAAAUAAAAAUAAAUAAUAAAAUGAAAAAAUGUAAUUAAAAAAAGGGGGGGGGAAUAAAAACCACACCCACCAUACACUACUCAUAUUCACAUUAAUUAAAUGAGCUGCAGAGGGCUACUUAUAGGUUAUUGCUAGGUGUUACCACCAAACCAGACGGGUCUUUAUUCGAAUGAAAAUUUCUAAAGGGGCCCCAGAUAUUAUCAAACCCUUGAAUCUUUUAAAUGUUUUUCUUCACAAUCCUUUCAGGUCCUGAAAUUACAUUUUUGAUCACUGACAUUGUUUUUAUUCUGUUUCCAGGCUCUUUAUGAAGCAAAUGAGCAGCUCCAGAAGUGAGGAUUUCCAACAAUGCAAAGCUGAAGUCUUUGAAUAAAAGUUGAUAGGCUUGGAGAUGAAAGUUUCCACUCUGAAAGGGGCAUUAAAGAUGUUUUUUUAUACAAAUGUAAUACCUAAAAUGCAUGACUGUAAGAUUUAGCUAAGAAUUUAUAAUGGCAGUACACCCUGGAGCAUGAGUAUUUUCACUCAUAGCAAGAGUUUAAUAAACACACACAUGGUUGUA